GACGCAGUCCAGUUUUGACCAAGGGGGGCUCCCCAGCGAGACCAGUCAGAGACAGGAUAUCCACUCCCACCUCGGUGAGGGACAGAUCGACUCUCUAUCUGUCGAGAGCAGCAGCCACAGGCGCCGCAGGAGACUCAGCAGAGCCGCAGGAAUUCAUCAGGACUCCACCAAAAAAGGCAAACAACACAAAGAUGGCUGAGGCGGCCAGGAAAAUCAAAGUUUCACAUUCAUCUCAUGAAGAUGACCUGCCUCUCCCUCCGCCCCCUCCCGUACCACCCAGACCCCUUGACUACGAGGGCCCGGCGCCCUCGAGCAACUUGCCCGUGCCGCCGCCGAAAGAGAGCUUCUCAGUGUUCUACCAGCAGCGGCAGAAGAGCGAGCUGAAGCGGCUCUUUAAGCACAUCCACCCGGACCUCCGGGCCAGUCUGGACGGCGCCGUGGACGACGAGAUCAUGAAUGCGGUGCAGUCCGAAGCCUCUCAGGCAGCGGACGCAGCUUAUCAGGGUGAGGUGCAGUCGAUGAGGUGGAUCUUCGAGAACUGGACGCUGGACAAUAUCGGGGAUCCUCAUGCGACCAAGAAGCUGAUGGACGAUGAGGAGUUAACGGGCGGAGAUGUCAGAAGUACUUCCUCAAUGUUCGAGAAGUGUGACAGCGCUCAGGAACGGUCUGCCAAAAGGCAGCUGUCCGUCAGUGGGGAUGUGAGAACAUCCACGUGGCUGUUCGAGACCCAGCCGUUAGAUUCCCUCAGUAGGUCAAAAAGUGAGGAGGGUGAGCUGGUUGAGGCGGUGCUGAAGGAACCCAUCCAGCCCGGAGAUGUCAGGGGGACUCGGAUGCUGUUCGAGUCCAAGCCCCUGAGUGAUCUUGGCCGCUGCAACUCCAUCGAAGACCACAGCUUCCUGAAACUUAAAUCUGAGCUUCAGGAGCAGAGAGGAGACGUCCAGAAGACGGUCAAGCUCUUCCAGACAGAGCCGUGCUGCGCCAUCCGAGACAACAGUGGCAACAUCCACGAGAUCAAGUCAGUGUGCAGGGAGGAGAUCAGCGGGAGCAACAUCAGCACGGCCCGUUGGCUGUUUGAAACCCAGCCUUUGGACCUGAUCAAUAAGGGAGCUGAUGGACUGAAGAUAAUUCGAGGUAUAUCUCUGGAGGAAGGCCAUAAAGGUGUUGAUCAGAAGAGGUGGAUGUUUGAAACACAGUCUUUUGAUACCAUACAAGAGGCUGUGGGAGAAGACCAGUUUAAAGGAACAGCCGAAACCACACGAGAGGCCGAUGUUGUCAAUAAAAGGAAGCUCUUUGAACUGCAACCUUUGGCCGCAUUAAAGGGAGACUCUGAAGAGAGGUCUUUGGAAAAGGAAGAAAUCGUUGGAGGAGAUGUGAAGACGUCCCUGUGGCUGUUUGAAACCCAGCCCAUGGAAGCUCUGAGUGAGAGUUAUGAAGUCGGGAAACUGAAGAAAAUUACUCUUUCAGCUGAUGAACAAGGAGAAGUGAAAGGCAAAAAACAAAUCUUUGAGGGCUGCAGCAGUCAGAGGAGCGCCUCAUUCAAAGAACAUGACAUAGAGAGAGGUGAUGUGAAGGGCUUCAAACAGCUUUUUGAAACAAUUCCUUUGUGCAAGAUUGCUCAUUCUGAUGAAGACAUAAAGGAGAAGGAGCAUGAUAUCACAGCGGGAAAUGUCCAAGGUAACAAAGCAAUGUUCGAGACAACUCCUUUAUAUGCGAUAAAGGACAGCUCUGGAAACCUCCACGAGGUUACAACAGUCAGCCGAGAGGAGUUCAUCAAAGGAAAAGUCAAAAACUACAAGUGGAUGUUUGAGACCAGACCUCUGGACCAGUUAGCAGAGGGAAAGGAAAACGUCGAGGUGAUCAAAGGCAUCACCAGACAGGAGGACACAAUGGGUGACGUCAAGAUGGCAAAAUGGCUUUUUGAGACUCAGACAAUAGACGGAAUCCACUCGAAGUUCAAUCAGACGGCGCAAAGCUCUUCUUCACAAGAAGAAACCCGUAAAGGUGACGUCAAGUCCUGUAAAUGGUUAUUCGAGACGCAGCCAAUGGAUAUUCUGUAUGACAAAUCAGAAAAAAUGAAAGACAAAGAAGACAUCGAUGCAGAUGUCAAAUCAAUGACUUGGCUUUUUGAGUCACAGCCUCUCGACAGUAUCAAAGAUGGGGAAGAGUACAGUCUGAAACUAUGCAGUACCACACAGGAUUCGGUCAAAUCAGAGGUCGGUGUGCAAACAGUCAAACAUCUGUUUGAAACAGAAACCUUGGACAGAAUAAGAAAAGAUUCAAACGCAGAACGGGAUUCCAGAUGUAUCAGCCAGGUUAACUUUCAGUCUGGAGACGUCUCCAGGGUCAAAGAACUUUUUGAAUCCCAAUCCCUCGACGAAAUAGGAUCCGAGAUGCUGAGAACAUCUGGUGACCAGAACAAAGAUGAACACAUCGAAAAAGGUUCAGUGAACAAGUUUACUUGGAUGUUUGAGAACUGCCCUAUGAACUUGAUCAAUAAGGACAGCAGCGAGCAAAACGCAAAGCAAGUCGAGGAUCUUCAAGGCGGCGACGUGAAGAACAAAAAGUUUGUCUUUGAAACAUCCUCAUUGGACAAAAUCCACGAGGAACCUGUGGACCGGACGCCAGUCUCUGUGGAACAGCCUGCGAGCAGCGUCGACGUGAAGUCAAGCAGCAUGAUGUUCGAGUCUCUGCCGAUGUACGCUAUCAGAGACAAAGAGGGACAAUUUCAUGAAGUGACAACUGUGAAAAAAGAAGAGGUGAUGAGUGGCGAUGUGAGAGGAGCGAGGUGGAUGUUUGAGACAAAACCCCUGGACGCCAUCAAGGCCGAGAAUGAAGUCUACGUAAUCCGGGCAGUCACUCAGGAAGACGUCAAGGCUGGAGAUGUCAAAGCAGCCAGGUGGAAGUUUGAGACGCAGCCUCUGGACUCGUUCACGAGCAACGAGGAGCCAUCCGUCAGGGUGACUGAGGACUUUGGCAGCAAAAAUGUACAGCUCAACAAACAGAUCUUCGAAUCUGAGCAGGCAAGCAAGAAAUUCGUGAGAAUGGUCAGUGUGACUGAUGUGCAGCAGGGCGAUGUCAGGACAUCUACCUGGCUCUUUGAGAAUCAGACCAUUGAUAGCUUGAAAGGGGAUCCUGAGGAACAAAGCCCAGUUAAGACAGUCCACAGGGAAGACAGCCAAAAGGGGGAUGUGAAACGCUGCACCUGGCUGUUUGAGUCUCAGCCACUUGACAAGAUCAAGGAAUCUAAAGAUACCUCGGUCCAGGGUGCUGAAGAGAUCCCAAAAGCUGAUGUAAAGUGCACCACCUGGAUGUUUGAGACCACUCCACUGGACAAAAUCACUUGCAGCAGUGUUGCAGACACCCUUUCAUUCCUGAACCAAAUGACCUUUGUUCACUCAAGCGGCAUCAUAAUCGAAGCCAGCGAGAACAGGAACGUCAACAUGGGAAAAUAUCUCAUUGAAAACAACAAGGGCCUGCAGAUUCAGAAAGAGGAGGUCAUUCGAGGUAACAUCAGGAACAUCAUGUUGCAGCUGCUGAUCAAACCCACCCUCAAACCACAAGUCACUCUUUUGAAAGAGAGCGAAAAAGGUAAAGUUAAAACCACAGUUGUGGAGCUCCCGGUUUUACAGCCAGCUGAGUCCGUCAACAUCGAGAGCGAUCAGAGAAUCAAAAAUAUUGCCCAGAUGAUCGAUGACCUGCUUGUUCAAGAAAAGAAUAAGAAGAAGGGAAUCGUGAUACAAGAAACCGCAGAAGGACUAGCUGAGUUGUCCGUUUAUUCUCUCAUGUGCAAUAAUGAAAUCAAAACUGCGAGUCACGUAACCGAGAGAGGAGAUGUAAAGUCUACCAUUGGAAAUCUUCUCGCCACAGCCCAUAAUCAGAAGACCGCAACAUCUUGCACCGUGGAUGAAACUGAGAAAGGAAAUGUUAAUUUGUACAAAAGUUGCAUUGAGAAAGGGGAUCUAUGUUAUCUGAAGAGUCUCCACGCCGAGGAAUGUGAAGAUGAGGUUGAUCACAGCCUGAUGGCCAAAGAGCAGAUUGAAACGGUUCACGGGGGCGUGAGGGAAGCAAAGAAAAGCCUGCGUCAGCAGAAGGAGCAGGUGGAGCGGACUAUUUCUGAUGUUCUGCCGGGAGAUGUAAAGAACACAAAAAAAGUGUUUUCGUCAGAGUGCAAUAUCAGUGUGGAUAGCUGUAUCGAAAAGGAAGAAAUAAUCCCUGGAGAUGUCCUGUCAGCAAAGCAGCAACUCGCAGCAAAGCAACCUGUCAUUGUCGAAAAGGAGGAAAUUGUCUCAGGGGACAUCAAGGCCACCAUGCAGUCAUUAGAACGUGCAAAGCAACAAAGCAUGAUAGUGGAACGGGAGGUCAUUAAACCAGGAACCAUCUAUGACAUGGACUUGUCAGCCCAAGGACCUGAAAUAGAAGGAAACCAAAUGCAAAAAGAAGUCAUCAUAUCUGGAGAUGUGAAGGCGGCAAAAAAGUCUCUUGAAAUGGCCAAGCAGCAAAGCAUGCAUGUGGAACGGGACGUUGCUACUCCGGGAAAAAUAUACAACCUGAACCUGUCAGCGGAAGAGGGAAGCUCAUCGACAGUGACACAGUCCACAUGUUCAUCCUCCUCCAGAUGCCAACAAAAGAGGACUUAUCCAAAGUAACCUGUGAAGGACAGCCACCCAUUACCACACAGAAUUCAACUCUCAACCCUGUAGCAAACGGAAACUGUAGAUCAGCCAGCCCAGCAACUGUAGCCGCACCUCCGCUGCCUCAAAAGACCGAGAAACCGCAGGAGCAGAAGCCAGCUUUACCGCCAAAGCCUCAAUGGACAAAAAGUGUUGUGGUGGAAGAGCAGAAUUCAUCAUCGUUCCCCACAGUCGACGCUGCUUACUCUGUCAAGGACCUAAAAAGUGAUGCAAUUACUCAAAAACGGAGCCAACAUGCUGUGACACACUCCUCAGAUGCACAGCAUAGAAAAACCUGUAAAGAGACUGUUCAGUGGCACCAAAAAUACGCUGAUGAAGCAGUGCUGGACACAAACCGAACAAAUGAACGCGCAUCAGUGGACUUCAAGGCUAUGGAAAUGAAAAAGAGCACGACAGCAGAAACGCUCCCUGAAAGCAAACCAGACAACCAACUGAAAUCAAAAUCUAACAGCAGUAAUGUGGAAAUAGAAAGAAAUGUGAUACAGAAAAUAAAUGCAGCAGAGGAGAUUCAGAUGUGUAUGAAGAAUUAUGCGGAAGACAGCAGGCAGGAAACGAACAUGACCUUGAAGGCAGCCCUGCAAAACUUUGAAAGAAAGGACAGUGAGUCUUUAGAAAAAAGAGCUUUGUUGCCAAAGAAGGUAAGUGUUAUAGAUGAACACAGUAAAAACCACAAAGAAGCGGAUAAAAUCACUACUCAGCAAC